GAUCCAAUAAGUUGGGUACUAAACGACGAAUGUUGAUAAAGAUUUUGAGCUAAAACCCUAAACCCUAUCAACACUGUGUAGCUCCGAGAUCUUGCCCAAAAUUCCCCCUUUCCCUUUUGCUUUGGCUCUGUUACAUAUUUUCUACAAGGCUACAAUGGCUUCAAGGUGUAGCAGAAUUAUCAGCAGGGCUUCCAUUUCUUCUAUCAGAUCCGCUAUAAAACUCAAUUCCCAAUCAGCUUCUUCUACGACGUCGUUUUCCAGUUUCUCUGCUUCAACCAGAUCUGCUUCGUCUCCUCUCCGCCGUUUAUCCUUUUCAAGAAUUCCGUCGGAGCUGGGAGGAGUGCAGUCAAUGUUGCCCCUACACAAUGCAGUUGCUACGGCGAGGAUGACGUCAUGCCUGAGCUCAACAUCGAGGAGUUGCAGAGCUCUUUCACAGGGUACACUCUGCUGCACCUCUCCAGACCUCUAGCAUGUUCAUUUAUUAUCCCACAAAAUAAAAAAGAAGCACAUGAGUUUCCAAAAGCAUGAAAGAAAUAUACUGGGAUAUGACAGGCCUUCCUAUUUUGCUUAAGUGCGUUCCUAUCUUAGCACCAAGUUUUAUCAGCACGUUUUAAGAAAACAAUUAAAUGAGUAGAAUGGAAGUGAAUUCUGUCUAGGGCUGCCAUUUUUCUUUUCGCAACCUUCACAUGCAAUUAUUGUAUGUAAAAACUUAAAGUAAAAGCUUUCAGAAUGAAUACAGUUUUAUUAUCUUCUUGUUGAUUAUGUUGUUUACCUAGUUCUCAUAGUAGUACUUUGGGUUUUUUGGAAAACUGUGUUUCUGCAUCUUACCAUUGUAUGUAAAAACUUAAAGUAAAAGCUUUCAGAAUGAAUAAAGUUUUAUUAUCUUCUUGUUGA